AUGUGGACAGAAACAAUCGUGGCAUUGUUAUUCGUUCUCGCACGGCUAUACACAAGGGUAAGAAUCGUGCGAAAUAUUGGUUGGGAUGACCAUCUCAUUAGUAUAUCGAUGUUCCUCUUCCUUGGAUAUACCAUUCUUAUCACGAUAGCAGCAACAGACGGAUUCGGAAGCCAUCUUACAGAUCUCGGCCUUCCGCAAGCGGUCAAAGCCAUCAAGUGGGAAAUAGCCGGACAAACCUUCAACAUUGCGGCGAUUGGUACGAGCAAGAGCUCAGUUGCCGUCUUUUUGUUGCGAAUCGUCACCAGCAAGAGUCAUAUUUGGAUCUUGUGGUUUUGCAUCGCCAGCACAUCCUUCGUCUGCGCGUCUUGUAUCGUGUUCAUGUACACGCAAUGCACUCCUCUGGAGUCCAUCUUCAAUCCCACAUUACCACAUGUUUGUUACUUGAACUUCACUGUUAAUGCUAUUUUCUCUGGAAGCUAUACGGCGGCCAUGGACUUUGUACUGGCUAUUUUCCCUUGGUUCGUUCUGUGGAAACUAAACAUGAAGCGUAAAGAGCGCCUGACAAUCGCUUUGGGCCUCUCACUUGGUGUGUUCGCAGGAAUUUGUGGAGUCAUUCGAGCAGUUGAACUGCAAGGAAUAUCCGGGAAAGCGGACUAUACAUACCUCACCCUCCCCCUCAUCCUCUGGGGCUCCACCGAACUCCUAAUCUGCAUCGUCUGCGCCUCCGUCCCCAUCCUCCGGCCCCUCUACAAACAAGUCCGCGGCGUCCACUCCUCCAACACGCCCUACGAACUGGGCAACACGCCCUCCCGCCAGCUCGACACCGGCGGCAAGGAUUUCGAGUCGACUGCCAAAGCCAGUCGCGAAGGGAUUGUAACUAGAGCUGAGGGCAAUACGACGAUGUUUAUGGGCGGCACGCAGUAUAAUUCGAGCGAUGAGGAGAUUUUACAGGGUGUAUUCCCUCCCCAACGUAUGCAUAUUUCCCUCCAGUGUGCGAGUCCACAACCACUGUCCGUGAGACAAAGGAAUCUACCUGUGACGUUCACCCAUCAGCCACAUUUUGAUUCGUUUGCCAAGAACGGAGCUGCAAGUAAGGUUCCGUUCUAACUACAUCGUUCAUCAAUCAACAAGGAAAACCAGGCUUUCCUACGGAAUGACCGAAAUAGUUGGAAUUGCUGAGAAGAGUGACUCGGUGGUUGUGGCUGUGUGCGGACAUGCAGGACGCAAAGCAAAAAACUUGAUGGUACUCUCAAGUUCUAUCAGAGCAUUUUGGUCGGCAGAGUUCUCGUGAUUCGGUUC